AUGCCCAUUCGUCUUCUGAGCCUUGAUGUCACCGACACGCUGCUGGAGUGGUCUGCCACUAUUGGCACCCUCUACCACCGAGGCUUUCUUCGCGGUGGAGUGGCAGCGAAUGUGCUGCCUUCAGCAGCAGAGCUCGAUGCCCGCUUCCCUGCCGCCUUCACUUCCACCAGCCGGCAAUUUCCUCUCUUCGGACAUGGGACCAUCUCUUCCUUUACGUUCUGGAGAGAGGUGGCAAGCAAGCUUGUGGAGGACACCGCCUUGUCCAGAGAUGUAGAAGCCUUUGACAAGGGCUUCGCCGAGAUCUACGCAUUGUUUCAAACCCAGGAAGCUUACAGAGCAUAUCCGGACGCUCUCCCCCUGCUUCGGUGGGCGCGCUCGGUCGAAGGCUUGAAGCUUUGCGUGCUGUCGAAUGCCACGGAGAGCUACGAGAAGAGUGUUUUGCCCGCUCUGGGAAUGGCGGAGUACAUAGACUUCUGCGUAAUCUCAAAGCUGGAGGGUGUAGAGAAGCCAGACAAGGCCAUCUUCCAGCUGGCUGCACGUAGAGCAGAAGUUGAGCUGAAGGACGUCCUGCACGUGGGGAACAGCUACAGCAAGGACUACUGUGGGGCGAUAGCAGCAGGCUGCCGAGCUCUCCUUCUGAACAGGCACGGCGCCACAGCCGCGGAUGCCAAAACCGUCAGAUCUCUUUCAGAUGUGUGGGCCUGGAUGCAGGAGGACGGAAGGCUUAGCUAG